AUGAUGUUGCCUGUUUUUAGAGCUGCUGUCGCUCGUGGUUUGAGAUCCAGUGGUGGGAAGUACUCUAGUGCUCUUGGAGCUGUUGGAUACCCUAGGCAUGCUCCAAAUCUCACGUUUGGUGAACCAGGGAUCAAGAAGAAGCCUCGUCAUCUUCAUCUCAUCCGCUUGAAUCUGCAUCCUUACUUGCGGAACACAGAAAACGCCAUGGCCUGUACUACCUCUCCUAUCAGAAGAACGACAUCCACAAUGAUAGCAUUGACGACAACAACACACUAAACGAAUACCCACCAGCGAAUGAGAUAUCGGUGGACUCAUUUAACACUAAGAAAAAGAUGAACCAAUCAAAACUGAGACCUGUAGUGGUGCAACUGGACAAAGAAGAUGGAUUAAAGACAAAAGGACAAAUUCAAAGAAAUUUUGGCCGUCAGUUGGAAUUGUAUGUGGAUUGCGAAUCGCUAGAACUGCGGAACCUAAUAAGAUAGCAAUUACAACCCAAGAAUUAAUAAGAACUUGGGCAUGGACCUGCGAGACUCGAUUAAUAAUGAUGAACUUCUGUCUCGUACGAUCCAGACUGCUCUAAUGGGUCAAGGAAAGGAGAAGGA